AUGGGAGCGUUUAUUGCCAAGAUGUUGCUGCCCACCAUCAGCAGUCUGGUGUUUCUGCCUGCAGCCAGUGUGGCCGCCAAGAGAGGCCUCCAUAUGGAGGCCAUGGUGUAUUUCUUCACAAUGUUCUUCACAGCGAUUUACCAUGUGUGUGAUGGACCAGGCUUGUCCAUACUCUGUUUCAUGAAGUAUGAGAUUCUGGAGUACUUCAGUGUGUACGGCACAGCUAUCUCUAUGUGGGUCACACUACUAGCGCUGGGAGAUUUUGAUGAACCAAAGCGCUCAGCACUCACCAUGUUUGGGGUACUAACUGCGGCUGUGAGGAUCUACCAGGACCGCUGGGGCUACGGCAUCUACUCUGGCCCCAUUGGAACAGCUGUUUUAAUGAUAACAGUCAAAUGGUUACAAAAAAUGAAGGAAAAGAAAGGACUUUAUCCAGAUAAAAGUGUUUACACUCAACAAGUGGGGCCAGGAUGCUGUUUUGGUGCUCUUGCUUUGGUGCUUCGCUUCUAUUUUGAGGAAUGGGACUACGCUUAUGUCCACAGUUUCUACCAUGUGUCACUGGCUGUGUCCUUUAUUCUGCUGCUGCCCAAGAAGAACCGCUAUGUCGGGACAGGCCGCAAUGCAGCAAAACUCAAAUGCUACACCCUCUGCUGUGUAUGAUGCAUAUUUUUUUCUGAAUGAAGCUGUAGAGGUGAUCCUCACCCCGAGGGUCUAUAUAAGAUGACAAAUAAUGAACAGUUCA